CUGCCCUAUCGUGUUAGUGGUGUGGUCGGCUGUGGAUUCUGUGGUGGAGUAGUGACACUGACAAUGGGUUGCUUUUUCUACAGCCUGCGAUGCUGACACUCCACUCCCUACUGCUGGGAAUUCAUGUCAAGUGGUUCCUGUGCCCUGUUUGCCUUUGAAUGUCCCUCACUAUGGCCAAGCGUGAGACUGGCAACACUAGCCCUGUGGUCAGGCAGAUAGACAAGCAGUUCCUAGUCUGCAGCAUCUGUCUGGACCAUUAUCACAACCCCAAGGUCCUGCCCUGCCUGCACACCUUCUGUGAGAAGUGCUUGCAGAACUAUAUCCCGCCUCAGUCUCUCACGCUUUCCUGCCCAGUGUGUCGGCAGACGUCUAUCUUGCCGGAGAAGGGUGUGUCUGCCUUGCAGAACAAUUUCUUCAUAACAAACCUAAUGGAGGUGUUACAGCGGGACCCCGAGUGUAGCCGACCAGAAGCCUGCAACGUCCUGGAGUCAGUCAGCGGGGCUGCAACCUGCCAGCCCCUCUCUUGCCCCAACCAUGAGGGCAAGGUGAUGGAGUUCUACUGUGAGUCAUGUGAAACAGCUAUGUGUCUAGAUUGCACAGACGGAGAGCACAGAGAGCAUGUGACUGUUCCUCUGAGAGAUGUGCUGGAACAGCACAAGUCUGCGUUGAAAAAUCAGUUGGACACUGUACGCAACAGACUACCUCAGCUGACGGCUGCCAUCGACCUUGUGAAUGAGAUUGCCAAGCAGCUUACGGAGCGUAAGAACGAGGCAGUGACUGAAAUCGGUAACACCUUUGAAGAGUUGGAGAAAGCCUUACAUCUGCGCAAGACUGCCCUCAUCACCGAGGUGGAGAACAUCUGCAGCACCAAACAGAAGGUGCUUCAGGCCCAGCUGGUCUCCCUACUGCAGGGCAAGGAGAACAUCCAAAGCAGCUGCAACUUCACGGAGCAGGCCCUGAGCCACGGAAGUGCUACUGAGGUCCUGCUGGUCCAGAAGCAAAUGGGCGAACGGGUCAGCGCCCUGGCUCGACACACCUUUCCCGAACAUCCCCAUGAGAAUGGACACCUAGAGUGCCAGGUAGAAACAGAGGGCCUGCGGCGCUCAAUUCAGAAUCUGGGAGUCCUGAUUACAACAGGGGCUGUGGCCCACACCAGCGUGGCCACCGGCGAAGGCCUGCGACACGCACUGGUGGGUCAGCACACCACCGUCACCGUCACCACGAAGGACAAGGAUGGGGAGCUGGUGAAGACCGGCAACGCUACUUUGAGGGCGGAGAUCAUCUCUGCUGAUGGCGGCUGCACCGAAGCAGAGGUGGUCGACAACAAGAACGGCACCUACGAGGUUGGCUAUACCCUUCGCUUGGAGGGAGAGUUCAGCUUCUCUCUGCUCCUGUAUGAACAGCCGGUGAGGGGGAGCCCAUUUCGCCUGCGAGCCGUUAAGCCUUCAGAUGUCCUCCAGUCGCCAGACGAUGUGAAGAGGAGAGUCAAGUCCCCCAGCGGAGGAGGAGGCCAUGUUCGGCAGAAGGCAGUGCGCAGGCCCUCCAGUAUGUAUAGCACCACCAAGAAAAAGGAAAACCCCAUCGAGGAUGAGCUGAUCUACAGAGUUGGAACGAGAGGGCGAGAUAAAGGAGAGUUCACUAACCUACAAGGCAUCUCCACCUCCAAUAAUGGGAGAAUCGUGGUUGCAGAUAGCAACAACCAAUGUAUACAGGUAUUCUCUAAUGAUGGACAGUUCAAGAUGAGGUUUGGGGUCAGAGGGCGUUCGCCAGGGCAGCUGCAGCGUCCCACUGGUGUCACGGUGGACGUGAACGGUGACAUCAUCGUGGCUGACUAUGACAACAGAUGGAUCAGUAUAUUCUCCUCCGACGGCAAGUUCAAGAGCAAAAUAGGGGCUGGCCGCUUGAUGGGGCCCAAAGGUGUGGCUGUGGAUAAGAAUGGACAUAUUAUCACCGUCGACAACAAGGCCUGCUGCGUCUUCGUCUUCCAAUCAAACGGGAAGUUGGUGACUAAGUUUGGAGCCAGGGGAACACUGGACAGGCAGUUUGCAGAAAAAAGUGGUGCAAAUAUUGCACUGGAACAAAAGCUUAGUAAAUCUGGCCCUGUCUUCAGUCCUCACUUUGUGGCCAUCAACAACAAAAAUGAAAUUGUAGUAACGGACUUCCAUAACCAUUCGGUCAAGGUAUACAACGCAGAUGGGGAAUUCCUGUUUAAGUUUGGCUCCCAUGGAGAGGGGAAUGGUCAGUUCAAUGCUCCAACAGGGGUGGCUGUGGAUGCUAAUGGAAAUAUCAUUGUUGCUGACUGGGGCAACAGCCGAAUUCAGGUGUUUGACAGCUCAGGGUCCUUCCUAUCCUACAUCAACACAUCAGCGGACCCCCUUUACGGCCCCCAAGGCCUGGCCCUCACCUCUGACGGUCAUGUGGCAGUGGCUGACUCGGGGAACCACUGCUUCAAGGUCUACCGCUACCUGCAGUAGAGCCGUUUUAACCACCACAAGCACUGAGCAACGACACAACCAAUGUAUUCUACAGGGUGCAAUGACCUCUCCAGUACAGCCUUUUGAUGUGCACAUCAUCGGAUUAUAAGUCACGGCUAUACCAGAAGUUAUUCCUUGUCUGGUCCAACGUUUUUCUUCCCUGAGAUGUGCAUUGAAGGCUGUUUUUAAAGUUGAGUAAUGUAACACCUCUCUUGUCAAAUAACCGGUGUAAGGCUUUGGUCUAAUAUUAGAGGAGGUAUAAAAAUGAUCUUUUUUGAGUAUGAAUCACCAUUUAUGAUAUCGUCCAACCCCCACCUCCUACAAGAACGGACUGGGUAAGAGAAAUGAAUGAGCCAUAACUUGUUCAAAUGCAUGAAGUUUGCUUUUAUCUUAAAACGCCUAGGCAAGAACUUGGAGUUUUACCCAAUCGGUUGCUUUACCAUGAACUAGUUAGUGCUUACAGUGAAAUGAACAAUGGCUCCAUUUCUCCAGCAAUUAAACGCAUACUCUUCCUCUCUAUGGAAAGCUGACGCCUCUCAUGAAACAUGUUGCCACCAUCCGUGCAUUGAUUUGCUGUAUGUAUUGUAUAUGCAUAAAUGUAUAUUGUGUAUAUUAGAUCACUCCGUAUUUACGUGUGCUACGAUUUUGAAACACAAAGCCUUUUGGUUAUUCACAGAAACAGCAGUCAAUGAUUCCAGCAUUUCAAACAAACGUGUACGGCAGCUGUUAAUAAGUGUGCUUUUAAAAAGGCCCGGGCACAUGCUUGAAAACGAGUGUGUCAUAUUUAUUGCAAAUGUAAGCGGCACAAUAAUCGAUUUUGUUGAUAACUGUUGUUUUAAAAGAAAAAUACAAAAUGGAAAAAAAAGGAAAAUGCUAAUUUAUUUUAUUUUGUACACAAGCGCAGCCUUUACAAAUUAUUUUUCUAAUUUGAUGUGCUUUUUUUUCUUUUUCCGUUAGAGCCUCACCACCGUUCCUUUUCCCUUAGAGGGAAAUUUAGUUUUGGAGCAAAAUUCAUUGUUCCCACUGUCAUGAACAGUUGUAAACAUUGACAACUCUUCCCCAAAGCUGGACUCACAAGGCAUUUUCUCAACACAAUGUCUUUAAGCGGCUCCAUUUUCAACUGAUGAGAGGCUAUAGACACAAGUUCAAUGACUGUUUCUUUUUCUUUUCUUUUACUACUAAAUAAACUUAAUUUCGUACCAGAGCCGCAACGGGAAAUGUACACAUAUCUGAACAGAUCUUGGUAAACCCCCCCCCCCCCCCCCGGUUGCUGCAGCAGAUUUGUGUUACCACACAUCGCGUCUCGUACUAAACGUUAAUGCUGCAGCUCAAAAUAAUGGCUUUUGAUGAUGUCACAGUCUGUGUGUCAGACUUUGUGGGAAAGUUGCUGAUGUCUACAAAUCGAAUCCGGAUCAAAGCCCAUCGAAACGAUGUACAUGAAUUCCAUUUAUUUAUUUAUUUAUUAUUUUGCUUUUUUUUGCAUAGAUAACAGCGUAGAACUUAAUAGGACAUAACUUAUUAGAUGGUAUUUGCUAACAAAUACAUCUAAGGUGGUUGAUGCAAUAGCAGACUUCACAUUUUAGCGUACACUUGCCUAUGAUGAUAUGACUAGAUUAUGAAACAUUCAAAAUGCUGUGGAAUUUGCGUUUCGGUCCGUGCCUAUUUAAGCCAGGAUUCCCAAGGAAAAUGUUCUGUGCUAAUCGAGCUACAGUGCACUCCCCCUGGUGUUAAUUUUGUGUAUUGUCAUAGAGAAGCUUGUGCCACAGCAGUGAAUGGACCAGAUGCACUAAGAAGGGUACCUCUUGGUCUGAGGCCAUUUGCCAUACCACUGUGCAAAGUGUCCAAAACAUCGUUAACUUUUGCCAGUUUGGAAACGGCAGGAAGUGCUGCAGAGGCUUGCACUGUGAGAUGAGUAUAGAGCACCGAACAACAUCAAACCAGGAUGGUGCCAUUUUUCUAUGCACCUGAUUCAUUGUUUGACUUGUUGCCAAACAGGGGCCUUGACAUCUUACAAUGGGUCAGAGGCUCACUUUUUUUGAAAAGUGCUAAAAGCAUCAUUAAUUGUAGUCAACUUGUGUUACACCAAUCCAAACCGUUUUCUUUUCUCUAUGAAUAUGCACUGGUAAUAAAAGCACAUGGUUUACGGA